AUAUUUCUCCGAUUGUGUUCAUCAGAAAGAAGAAAGUCAUAUACACUCAUGGCUUGAGGGUGAGUAAAGCUUGGGCUAAUUUUUAUUUGAAAGUGAAAUAAUCCUUUAAGUGGGCUUAAUGCCAAUCUAAAUGCAAAUACCAGCCCAUUAUGCUGUUAUCAAAUGCGGAGCGACGUCAUUUUCCUAUAUUAAGCUCGGUGUGAACACGCUCUAACACAUGCGGCAGAGGGCAUGAACACCCAGUCAAAGCAGUAUGUCUGAGGUCUGAGGUUCUGAACCCAGGUUAAACUCCGAGAACUUUCUCAGAGAGUUAUGCACCUGCAACAACUCCCCUCACCGUCCGCACUGGCCAACAAACCGGUGAGUGUGGACACUGAUUUUACGCACAUCGCCGCCGCGGGGGACGACCGCGUCUCCUCCUCCGGUGACACUCUGGAGAACGAGCCACCUUUGAAAAGACCUCUGGACUACGUCUCCGCGGCACGGGAUGAUAGUGAAAGCGCGGAGAAUUGCAAUUUACCUGAAUCAAGUCAAGCGCGGACAGAUUUCGCCUCGUCUUCUGCAAUGUUCUCAUAUUCAGGUCAGCAAGUAGUGCCCGCGCUCCCGGCACUCUCCAGUCACUACAUGACACCUCACCCGGUCAUCAGCAACGGGCCGUACAAUGGGCUGAGCUACGCGUACUCAGAGCCGUACGGACAAACUUAUACAAACGCCGCCGUCUAUCCAUUCCCCUCGGUGCCUGGUAAAGCGCAGGUUUACCUGUGUAACCGGGGGCUGUGGUUCAAAUUCCACAGACACCAAACAGAAAUGAUCAUAACUAAACAGGGACGCCGGAUGUUUCCGUUUCUUAGUUUUAGUGUUUCUGGUCUUGACCCGACGUGUCAUUAUAAUAUUGUUGUGGAUGUGAUUCUGGCGGAUCCGAACCACUGGAGGUUCCAGGGCGGAAAGUGGGUUCCUUGUGGCAAAGCGGACACUAAUGUCACUGGAAACCGAGUAUACACGCACCCGGACUCUCCUAACACCGGCGCGCACUGGAUGCGUCAGGAGAUCUCUUUCGGAAAACUGAAGCUGACAAACAACAAGGGAGCUUCAAACAACUCCACUCAGAUGAUCGUCCUACAGUCUCUUCAUAAGUAUCAGCCGAGAGUGCAUGUGAUUGAAAUAAACAAGAGUGGAGAUGAAGAUACAAGUGAUCCUGAUCGAGUGCAGACAUUUACCUUUCCCGAGACGCAAUUUAUAGCUGUCACAGCUUACCAGAACACAGAUAUAACUCAACUAAAAAUUGAUCACAAUCCAUUUGCUAAAGGAUUUCGGGAAAAUUAUGAUUCAAGUUACAGUGGCUGUGACGCUGACCGACUGACCUCCACACCUGGCGACUCUCCACACUCUCAGUUGCUGCCUGGCUCACGAUACGCAAUGACAAGCGCCUUAUUCCAGGAACAGUUUGUCAACAGUUACACAAAAUCCUGUUUUACAACUCUUAACCCUGACCCUGUCACUACCGACCGACCACUCAUGCUUACUAACAGCCUAACGAACCAAUCCCAAGAGAGCAGCACGGCCUCCGGACAGCGCUGGUUUGUGUCUUCCUCAGCCUCUCCAUCAUACGAAACUGAUAUUAACGCAGCAGCUUUGCUCUCUUACGCCACAGCAGGGGUCAAAGGUCUGCCUUUUACUAGUACUGGUGGCACUAGUAACAGUUUGGAUUACUACACCAAUGCUGCUGGAUGGGAUUCGAAAGGUUUUCUAGAUAACAGCAGUAAAAUCAUCUCUCAUCUGCCUGGCUGGGUUAUGGAAGCGACUCAUGAAAGAUCCACACAACCAAAUUACAUGCCCGAGGAUGGAGAUAUGUUGGAAAUAGACAGAUCUUCUCUGGAUGUUUCUGAAGAGAUUGAAGGAAAAGAUGCCACGGAUUUGACAUGGACUGAGACUCAAUCUUCCAUUAAAUCAGUCGAUUCCAGUGAUUUAAGGAUUUUGGAAGAAGCGCAACAGAGAAAUUCCUCUAUAACUCCUGAUUCGGAUGUUCAGACUGCAAAAGACAUUCAGGUGUCACAGAACAGGGAAAGAAAUGUGAUCAAAGAAUCUGACUUUUUUCAUUUUAACACUCAGACGUAAACCUGCCUGGGCUGAGAUUAAAAUGCAAUUAAAAUAUUGUUAGUACAGAAAUAACUUUAUGAUGAUGAUUUAUGUAUACAAUAUUUAUUUAUUUUCAUGUUAAUGACACUGCACCAUUGCUGAACCCUGUCUGAACUGAGUAUUCUGUGUAUUUUUUUUUAGUGGUGGUAAUUUGAAAAAAAGAAAGAAAGGAAAAAACAUCCAUUAAUGAGUGUUUGUUAAAACAUACAGCCCAAAUAUAGGCUAAUUAGUAUAGAUAAAGUGUUAUUAAAAUCACAACAGUGUUUAACAUGGGAAUUUAAUGAUCGUAAACUAACAAAACUGCAUCUUUAUCAGAAGUUUUUUGAUCAAUGUGAAGUCAUGGCAUUCUGCUGGUGUCAGAAUGUUUGAUGUAUAGCCUAAAUAAAUGGUCAGAUGUUUGAGUA